AUGAAGAUAGGUAGAUGCACCCCAGUGCAAAAAUCUCACAGGGUGGAAGCAAGGGGCAGCAAAGGUAGGGAGACUUGGGUCAAGGUCCCACUUGCAAGCACGAGGCGACAUGCCUACAGGUCCAUGCCUAACUCUCCCCCGGAAUCACCAACAAUUCAGCCUGUUGAGGCACCGCCUCCUUGGGAAGACUUUCCUGACAAUACUUACGAGCAGGACCAAGGCUCAUUUGAGCCAUUGCAACUCCCAAAAACCAUGGCAACAUUCAAAAUACAGAGUCAAAAUGACUACCUCAGGCAAUGGCUGCCAAGGCAGGAAUCAUAUCUACAUCACCUCCUCGAUCGAGAAGCUCCACCCGAAGACAGGAGAUGCAUCAUCUGCCAACAGGAUGGGGUGUACAAAUGUCAAGAUUGUCUUGGCGAGCCACUUUAUUGCACGGGCUGUUGCAGGAGUCAACAUCGUAGCAAUCCUUUCCACUGGAUCAGUCAAUGGAAUGGGCAAUUCUUCGAGCGGAGUUGUCUAGCUCAUGUGGGACUCAUUAUAUACCUUGGCCAUGAUGGCAAACAAUGUCCGGCGGUCACCGAUCGGUGGGAUUUGUUUGAAGAAGAUGAACCCGAAGACCUGCUCGAGCCUGAAGAUCUGCCAUUUGUGUCCGGACCCGAGUUCCAGCCAAAGGAAAACACCAUGGUCAUAGUGGACAAGUCCGGAGUUCAUCGCCUGGAGGUUCGAUGCUGUGAAUGUCCGAAUGCCAUGAGUCCGGACAUUCAAAUGUUUCGACACAGAUUUUUCCCUGCAUCUUUUAACAGGCCAAAGACUGUGUUCACCUUCAGAGUGCUCAAUGAUUUUCUACUGGACAGCCUUGAAUGCGGCACCUCGGUGAUGAACUAUUACAGCAAGCUCCGGCGAAUGACCUCCAGCAUGUUUCCACACCUUGUUCCGGACCGAUACAGAGAGCUCAUGAGGGUCGCUCGACAGUGGAGGCAGUUGAAGACAAUGAAAUGGCAUGGCUUCGGCCAUCGUUCUGAUAACCCGAGCACAGGAGAACUUGCAUUAUUUUGCCCGGCAUGUCCUCAGCCUGGGAUUAAUGUGCUGUUGGAUCCAAGCUGGAAAUACACCCGGUCAUUUGUGAUGGACGGAAAUUUCAAAGCCGAACAUCUGCAUCCCAUUAAGCCAUUCGAUGAAGUUUGGCUGUCCAAUGGGCUUGGAUUCAUGGUAGGAAAGGACAGGUAUAAAAUGCACCUGGCAGAGGCUGCUGACACAGUGGAAAAAUCAAGCUGCAACAAUCACCGGGCAGUAAAUCAAGCUAAUGCUGCUCGGCACAAGCUGGAGUCCACCGGUAUCGGGGGAGUUGCCUGUGCCAGACACGGUUGCUUUGUCCCUCACUCCAUGGUGGAUUUUCAGAAAGGCGAAAGACAAAUGAACAUGGACUAUGCCCUUUGCGAGGCUUCCCGGCACAACAUGGAAGGCAUCACUAGGGCUGUCACCUUCUAUGAUAUUAAUUGUCAAUACAACAAACACUUUCGGGUUCGGGACAGCUGCUAUGUCCGAUAUGCUUCUAACUUUAUUGAAGGCAUUGGUCGGAUCGAUGGAGAGAUCAUGGAGACGCUAUGGGCACGGCUCAAUUUGAUCUCCCCUGCUGCUCGGGGAAUGUCAUCUCCCCACCAAAAGGAAUGCCUUGAUUAUCAGAUGAAUGACUCCAAUUUCUGCAAGAUGAUUCGCAUGAAAAGGACUCUAUGCCGGAAAUACAAACUGGCUAGGAAUGGUAUCUUAGAAAGUGGAAAGGCAUUCGACAGACUCGAUGAAGCAGCACCCUCACAUUUGAAGACAGAAUGGUUAGCCAGGGAGAGGAUAGCUCAGUCAAGCAGAUUGAAUGAUCCUUCAGCCAUGGAUGAAUAUGAGAUCAAUAUCAAAAAGGCACCUAGCAAAAAGGAGAUCGAGCUUAGAUUGUUAGAGGAGGGUAACACCCGCAAUGCAGCACCCUCUUGCAGAUCUGUGGCGACAUGGAUAUCAACAGGGUUAGCAAUUGAAGAGGCUCAGAUUGCAUUGCUCAUCGAGGUCCGAAGGAUCGGAAGAAGAUCCACCGAGACACAGAGAUUAGACAUCGCCCGUCAAAGAGAUCGGCUCCAAGGCCAGAUAGAUGGAUUUGCUCGGUCUGCUCUAACACAUCUCGGGGAGGGAUUUGAUGCAGAUGAUGAACCUGAAGACUUGGACGUAGACAUUCUAGAUGAUCUCGAUGAUGACCCGGCGGAUUUCACAGAGACAUCUCACACAUGGACAAACUCUCCCGAGCUAACUGUAAUCCCAUUGCCAUCAAACCUGGGGGUUGAUAGAUGCAGACGAUGCAUGGCAGAGGAUCUGAUUCCCCUGGAGAUGUCGCUUCGUGAAGGGCAGGCCAAUGAUGCCCUUCACAAUCUCCGCAUUUACCUUUGCAACAAGGCCAUCCUGUUCCGAACAACCGUGACGUCGGUACAGCAGGCAGUCUCCCUCCAUGCCAGCAUAUAUACAAAGACAAGGAAGCAAAUGAUGAAACUUGAGCCGGGGCAAGACCAGCUUCAGAAAUACAAACCCCUGCUUCGCGAGCAACUCAAAAUCAGCACUGCAGUGGGCGACCCAAAUGCCCGAGGUCAACGAAAUGAAUCUUUGGCUUGGUUUUGGUCUGUUGAAGUCGACCUCGGGGGUCCUGAUCAAUCGUGGAAUGAAGAAUUUUACCGAGUCCAUUGGCUGAGGGCAAAGGCACUACGGGAUCGAUGGAGGGAAGAAAUGCUAUUGGUCACAUUCGAGAUGGAUUGGACAUGUAAGUUCUUUUUGUGGAAAACAACCAUAUGGGGCGAGCACAUGCAGGAAUCAUUGGAGAAACGACUUCCGGGUCACGGAUGCUACGCCGGAAGGCAAUCCCACAUGUAUUCAUUGCUGGCACAGGAUGCGCAGGCAGCUUUUCAAGACCUACAAAAUGUGUUGAUAGAGGCUGGAGAUGAAUGA